CACUAUUUAGUGAUAUAUCAAACACAGUGAAAUUUUAUUUUCAGUGAUAUUUCAGUGAUAUAUCAAAUAUGGUGAUUACAUAUCACCUCUAUAUUUGCACAUCACUCCAGUAUUCAUAUCAUCUUGAUGAUCACAUCACUUUAGUGAUUACAUCACUGGUGAUAUACCAAAUAAUAUCUUAAGAUUUUUAAAAAUUAGAUAGAAGCUGGGUGGUAGAAUUAAUGCAGGAAAACCUCACAUAUCAAAAGGGAAACGACGUUAACAUGGCGCCUUGAUUUUUCUGAAGUGUCUCUGCUCGAAAUAACAGAAAGCUGUCAUGUCUUAGCAGGUUUGAGGCUCAAGCUAAGCAAUAUGAAUUUUGAUCAGGGUAUAGAAAACCAAACUACCGAUGGUUAGCCAUGAAUCUGGCUUUUGCCGGAAAAGUAAUCAAAGUACCUCAAAAGGAUACCACCGGAAGUUACAAGUCAGCAUUGCAUGCCACUUUACAAUUUGAUGACAGCUAGGAAAAGCGCCGAGGACAAUGAUGCCAUCCGUUCGAAAAAAGGUAGCUUCGGCAACAGAAGAGUGGAAGUGUCGCAGCCGGAAAGAAUCCCUCCGAUGUGAGAAAACGAUAAAAUACUAGCAAGCGUCUAAAGUAUAUUAUCCAAGCACCGAGGUUCCCGCUCCCUGCCUUGAAUAUGAAGGCUCCUGCACCUUUGGAGCCCCACAAACCCCCUAAUGCCUCCAAGGUCCGGCAAGAAAAGAACAAAGUCGAACUGGCAACUUCCAUUAUAUAUUACCAGGCGUGCCAUCAAUCCCUCAUCCUCACCUUCGAAGUUCACGUAUCUCAGUGGAGGAGGAUCAGCUCUCAGAUUUGUCCUUUUUUGUAACAUUUAAUCGAUGGCCGGUGAGGGUGUAAAGCCCAUAGCUUCUCUUCUUCUCGUCCUCAACUUCUGUAUGUAUGCCAUAGUGGCGGCCAUUUCAGGUUGGGCCCUCAAUGUUGCCAUCGAUCGAGGGUUCAUUGUCGGGCCAUCACUUGCACUUCCGGCUCAUUUCUCGCCAGUAUUCUUUCCGAUCGGGAACGCUGCCACUGGUUUUCUCGUGAUAUUUGCACUGAUAGCUGGAGUUGUUGGUAGUGCUGCGGCCAUUGCCGGAAUUCAGCACAUCCGCGCCUGGGACCAUCUUAGCUUGGCACCCGCAGCAUCUUCUGGUAUUGUAGCAUGGGCUCUCACUCUGCUUGCAAUGGGUUUGGCCUGCAAAGAGAUUGUAUUGGGGGGAAGAAAUGUGCGCCUGAGAACAGUGGAGGCUUUCUUGAUCAUUCUUUCAGCAACACAGCUCGUAUACAUUCUUGUCAUACAUGGAGCACGGAGGCCUUGAAGGAUGAAACUGCUCGAGUUUGGAAUGAAGUGUCAUUCAAUUAUUAUUUUUUUAUUGAUUUCUCUAGCACCUCAUUAAUGUAUUCCAUAUGAGAUCAAGGGUUUUAUGAAGUUUGAUUUAUGUGGUGUGGUUGAGCACGAAUAUUCAAGGCUUGGGCUUGACAAUUGGCAUGCUUGGAGUGUUUUUAGUGCAGGUGUUCCUAGUAAAUGUGUGUAAUAUGCAACUUUAUUUUUAAUGUUCCACUGUUCCAGCAUAAACUUGAUGAACGCAUUG